AUGGAGAGGGUGAAUCAGAAUGAGAAACUAGAUAGUGUGUCUGAGUAUGCGGAUUGGCCGUGGGAUAUAGUGGGCCGGGUGGUGGAUCUAGUGGACUCGGAAAAUAACCGCUUGAAAAGAGUGGGUUGGGGAUUGUUUGGCUUGGAGUGGUUAGUAUUCUUCUUUAUGAGUACGGUGGCGGGGUUGGUUUGUGGUGUAGCUACACUUGCUAAGGUGUAUGGAGAUCAUAAAACGAAAUACUUGUUUAGCUUGUUUACUGGUCUUUGCUGGGCUUAUAUCUUGCUGCGUAUUAUUGGAGGUGUUCUGACCUUUAGGCAUCGUUAUCUACAGAAUCUUAAACAGAAGGAAAUGGGACUGGCAGAUAUAAUUGCUGAUUAUACUUGGUAUUGGGGGAAAGGUGUAGGAUUGUUGCUGCUUAGUAUUGGACUGGUGCUGGGGUGUUUAUUGAUUCCUGGUUACGGGGCUGCGAUUGUUUAUAUUGUGGUUGCGACUGGUUAUGCUUUCUUUAAGAUAAUCUUGAUUGCUCGGCUCGGACAGAAAGCAAAGAAGACGUCUAAUUGUUCUGAUAAAUCGGCUUAUUUUGUAAUGAUGGGCAUGUAUGUUUUUGAAUUAAUCUUGCUGGUUCUUAUUAUUGUAGCAUGUCUGUUGGCUUUGUGGCACCCAAAAUAUCUUGAUACUUUGAGGUUUAGUGACGCUGACCGUAGCGAGAUAUAUUUGAACUGGAAGAAGGCCAAUGAAUCAUUUGGAGCACAAGGCUCGUAA